AUGAGCGACGAGUUUAACACGAAAGGCCGCACUUUCGAAGCUGGUGACUAUCACUUGUGGACUGCCAUGGAGAUCGCUGAUGGCGUAAAUUCAGCUCUGGAAGUUUACUCGACGAAUAUGACAGGCACCGAGUGUGACGACGACGGUCACUGUUACUUCUUUAUCAAUACAACCGAUGAAACUAUCGAGGAAACAGUGUGGAACAGCUAUAGGUCACCACCAGGAUACGAGACUGUGUACUUCUACUACCGGUCGGGAAUGGUGCAGAGCUGGAACAAAUUCUGCUUCCAAGGCGGUAUGAUCGAGGUUCGAGUACAACUACCCGGUGCAGUCACGAACGCGUCCGGUAACCCAGACGUGACCACAGGAUCGACAACAGUUCGCGCUGCAAAUAUCGACUACUAUCCAACGUGGCCCGGUAUCUGGCUCAUGGGCAACAUGGGUCGAGCCUUGUUCAGUGCAUCGACGAGUCGAAUGUGGCCGUACACGUACAGCGAGUGCAACGACACCAUCUUCGACUCCCAGAACCAGCGUAUCAGCGCGUGCAAUGACACUCCUGACCACGGUCUGAACGCGAAUCAAGGUCGCGGAGCUCCAGAAAUUGACAUUCUGGAAGGUGGAGGUACAGCUAUUUCGUCGUCAAUGCAGGUCGGUCCGGGUAUGCCGGAAGAUUUCCGAAUGCUGGAAGAUAACACCACAGCCUCCUCCUACUGCUUCUACAGCUACGACUGCACUACCAAAGGCGCCAAUAACCAGGAUGUUCCGACUGCGUAUUACUGGAACCUGCGUGGCCACAAGUCCUGGUAUCAAGGUCUUCGGUAUGGAGCUAACAACAUCUGCGACGUUGAAGAGGAUGACAUCCAGACAUUCGCUACCAUCAAUGCUUCACUUGCGAAGGGUGUCACAGAUAAUGCCUGUAGAAUGGAACUAUGUCCUGCCUCGUUCGAUGUGAACGGUGACAUGGGGUUCAAGGACAACGGCACGGUGCACUGGGGCAUCAACGCGAAUGGCACUUGCUUUCCUAAACAGAACGCUUACAUGGGUGCGUACCUGUGUAGCCCCGGUAACACCAACUCCGAGUGUACCGCUUCCAGCGGCUCUACUAGUUCCAGCUCGGAAUUCGCCUGCCAAAUGGAUGCCAUUUCUACAGAUUGGGAAAUUCACAUGGCUGCGUAUCUUGACUAUACUGUCGAAUGGGUCAUGGGAGACUCUGGAUACGUUCGAUGGGAGGUAGAGAACCAGGUGAUCUUCGAGAUCCCUGCCGAGUCGAUCACUAAUCCACCACAGGACACAGCACAGAUGAACCCUAAGAAGAUCAUGAUCGAGGAGGCCAUGUACAUCAUUUUUAACUUGUCGCGAUGA